AUGGAAGAUAUGUUGGCAGAAUUGCCGGUUGCAUCCAUUAAGAAGGCGGUAAUUAAGAUUCCGCUCGAGUGGGUCACCCGGCUUGACAUCACGCAGAUCCCCCCAUACUACUCCGUACUCCGAUUGCUAUGGUGGGCAGAGAAUAUUCUGUGUCCCCUCCACCGGGAUGGACAAUGGACCCGGAAGAGCUUGACUACGAGGGUGAAUGGGCAGCGGUAG